AUGUUUAAAAAUAUUAUCGGGUUGGUGAACCCUAGCAGAGCUUCAUUGAUCUCCAGAACAGGAGGUUCAUUUUGCAAUUUGAAAAAUUUCCACACCUCAUCAUUUUUACGUCAAGAGACAUCAUUAAUUAAGGAAAAUUUAUCUAAUUUAAAGUUAUCAAAUGAACUUUAUGCUGUCUUCAAAGUUCAUAACCGUCCAUAUCUAGUUACUAAAGGUGAUAUAGUAACGUUGCCGUACAAAGUAAAAGCCGCAGAAGUUGGUGAUACUUUGGUCUUGAAUGAUGUUACUACUAUCGGUUCAAGAAACUAUAAGUUAAUAGAUUACCCAAUUGACCCAUCAUUGUAUACUUUACGUGCUACAAUUGUGGAGAAAACAAAACGUGCAUUUCAAGUAAGAGAAAUUACUAAACAAAGACAGAGAAGAGUUCGCCAUGCUAAGAGCAAAGGUGACUUAACUGUAAUAAGAAUUUCAGAAUUAAAGAUGAACUAA